GGGGCAAAGUACUCGAAUGGCGUGAAGUCGUAAAGUGUGAACUGUUCGUGUUAUUUGAACUGUAAAUUAGUGUGAAGUUCUUCAAAAGUAUUAGUUGGAGAAUAAGACACAAAUGUCAACUACGAAACAUAACAAUGUUUACAAAAUAAUGAAACGGCUUUUGUAGCGAUAAUUGCAGGAUUUUCCAACAGUCUUUAAAGGCGUCUUCUUGGAACAUGGAAGACUUAACGAUUCCAUGCCCUUUUUGUUGUAAUUCUACGUUCAGCUCUAAAGAAGCUUUAGUUGAUCAUUUAUCCCACAUCGUCGAAAGAUUAGUAUGCCCAAUAUGCAAAAACAGUAUUUCAUCUUUAGAUAGUCUUAUAACACAUUUAAAGUAUGAUAAUUGUAUAGAAACUAUACUAAUAUGCCAAUACACAAAUGACAAUAGUAAUAAAAUAGAGCAAACUGAUGUUAAUUUGGAAUUUGAGGAAAAUGAACAUGUCGAACAAAAUGAGAACUGUAUAGAAAACAAUUCAGAAGACAUUUCUGAAGUAAGUAAAAUAUAUUCAGAGUUUUUAAACAAACAUAUAAAAACGCAAGACAUAAAGCUUCUCAAAGAAAAUGGAAAUAGAUAUUUACUUGUUACAAACAAUGACUCGGUCAUCAAUGAAGGAGCGACACUAGUAUCAAAGCAAAAUAAUGACGGAACUAUUUCCUUCAGUAUUCAAGAUCCCAAUGUGUCAGAAGGUCACGAUUUAGGCGAAAUUGAAGAUACAGAUCCCAAAACAGAGAAUCAGAACCAACUGGAUUUGGAUAAUGGAGAAAAUAUUGAAGAAAUGUACAGCUGCAAUACGUGUGGUGUUUCAUUUACAUCCGUGAUGGAUCAUAUACAAAAUUACCACAACGAUCAGGAUGUUGUUGUUGAGGAACCACUAGAGGAUGGUAAUACAGAUACAGUGGCUGUGCAAUAUGAAUCGGUGCCAGAGGAAGAGGCUGUGGUUGAGAAGCAGGCUUCGCGGAGAAUGAUCACAGACACAGGCGAUAUUAUUGAGGAACCUCUUAAACAUCCGGGUACAAGAGCGGGGAGCGCUCAGUGA